AUGACCUCGUGGCUGGACUCACUGCCAUCGGCAGCGGAGGCGGAUGAGGCCAGGCCCUCUUGUGCACGGACGUACUUCAGCGAGUAUGCCAAGGUGGCGCCAGCUCAUGGGCGCUCGCGAGCUGGAAGUACCGGCAGCAGAGGAAGUAAUACCAGCAAGCCAUCCCAGCAAGGCUACCGGCGGUGGCAAUCGGCUCAGGCGGGCGUUUGCCCCUGCUGCGGCCGCGCGCGCGAGACACCCGAGCCACGUGGGAGCCGGACGGAUCUUAGUGAGGCGUCCACAGCCUUGCCGAGCUCCCGGGCAGCGGCGGAUGAGAGCCUGUCCAGUGCUGAGUUGACCUCCUCGUUGGUGCGAGACUGGACGGAGCCCGACACCGUGCGCGCCCAUCGCAGAGUGGUGAGGGAACGCCAGAAGCGUGGAACCCUGGCACGCCCCAGCGGCCGUACAGCGCGCUCAAAGUCGACUCGCCGUUCGCUUGAGGUGGACUUCUGCAAAGCCGUAAAGCUUCCAACCGCCACGACACCUGCGCCGCCGGAGACGACAGUGGCUGAGGAUCAGCCCUGCUCGCGGGAGAGCAAGGGCGCGGAGCCUGCGACGCCGUUGAAACCUCAAGUGGACGUGGCGGAAAACGUCGAGCCACCGCCCUCUGAUACUGGCAAGAACAAAGGCAAGGGCAAGGGCAAGUCGAAGCCAUUGCCGCCACCGCCACCGCCGGGUGCUGCGCCGCGGAGCACACGGAAAGUGGCGAAGCCUUAUGCCAGGCGGCUGGACUGGCGGGCCUUGGCCGCUGAGAAGCUCAAGGACACUGUGUUUCAUGGCCUCGCCGAGACGGGAUCCGUGAACCUCGUGGAUGCCCGCCGACUGGAGAACUGCUUCGGACACCAGACCAACAGCGCGACAGAAAAGCCAUCAUCAACACCUCAGGAGGUGGAGCUCUUCUCGCACCGGCGAGCCCAGAACAUGCUCAUCGCAUUCCGACGCCGGCCGCUUACUGCCGAGGUGCUCCGGGCCUUGCGCGACUUCGCGUUCGAAGCGCUGAGCUUGGAGACCUUGGAGGUCUUGGUGGGGGCUAUGCCUUCACAGGAUGAAGAAAAGCAGCUCUUGGCCUUCCAGGGCGACCCGGGACAGCUGCGCGACGCCGAACGGCAGCUGCUUCCUCUCGCAAGGCUGCCUUUCCCCCCGGCGCGGUUGCGCAUGAAGCUGGGUUUGCUUCAGCGCACCCUCACCGCCUCGGUUGAAGCUUUGAACCGGCGCCUUGGCGACAUCCGGGGCGCUUGCGUCGCACUGUCCAGGAGCCGAGCCUUGCGUCGAGCACUGGUCCAUGUGCUCUUCCUUGGGAACGCCUUGAACCAUGGCUUGGUACAUGGUGCCUCGUCGCAGCUUUCUGUACGAGGCUUCUCCAUCGAAGUUCUUCCUCGGCUGGUACUGCUUCGAGCUACGCAGAACACGCGCAUCACCCUGCUGCAUGUCUUGGUCUCCCAGCUGCAAGCCGAGAAUGCGCAGCUUCCAGAGAACCUGAUCGAGGAUUUGUCGCCGGUGCGCCGGGCCGUCUCUGCUCCACUCGCCCAGCUGGCUCACGAGGUCGCCGCUUUCGCUGCCGAGGCCGCGGAUGCGCGCAAGGGCCUCCGCGAAGCGUUCCCGGGGCUGGAGGCGCCAGAGACCUUCUUCAUCGGAGACGACGAGGGCCCUCAGGAAGUUGGAGCGGACAUAGACGAGGAUGAGGAGUUGCGCGGCCCACAACCACCGGAGACCCCUCUCCAGCGCAGGCAGACUAUCAGACAGAUCCUCGAUCACAUCUACACCAAAGUAGCACACAAGGCGCCCCCGCCUCUGAUGACCUUGGCGGACACAGCCUCAGCAGCUGCUGCUGAGCUCCAGGCUUCCCUGGCUGCCACUCGUGACAAGGCCGCUGCGAUGCUGGGAUUCUUCGCCUUCGGCGAUGCGGGUGGUGGAGCAGCGGACAGUCCCUUUGGAUCUUCCUCUCCGCAAGUUGUGAAUGUCACGGACGCCAAGUGCGCAGAGUUCUUCCAGAUCAUGCAAAGCUUUCUGGAUGCCUUUGAGACUUGCGUGGCAGAGUCGAUGGUCUCUGGACCAUGA